AUGCCCUCUGGCCCCACUGACGAAUCGAAGCUAGGGACCAAGAAAGACAGUUCUGACAUAAUUAAUAGUGGCAACAACAGGAGCAAACACAGGACUGCGAUUACUCGCGUUGUUCAAAUCCUUGUAAAUCUAAGUGAAAUAAAUUUUGAAAUAUCCAAAAGAGACAUAUUUGAAAUCUUAGAAUACUCUGCAGCCGAAGUAGAAAUAGAAUAUCUGAAGAGACUUUUAGUACAGGCAGAGAACAUUGACGGUAAUCCAAAAGAGUUAUACAAUCUUCUCUAUCAUUCCAUCAAGCGUCUAUCUAAGAAAGACGAAAGUUACGUUUCACUAAUUAGAAAAGCAGUUUUUGAAAACACCGAAUUUAUUCAAGAUUACAAAAUAAAAAAGUUAGAUCAUUACCUGCAAGAUCAUUUAAACACUGAACCUGAUUUACUAGAUUGCAUUGAUAUAGAAAAAUACAUCAAAAGCUUAACAAUAAACAUCGAAGAAAUGAACUACCAAGAAUCAUUACAAAGUGUACUAUCGGCAGAUAAUCCCCCUGACAAUUACAUAGAGCAAAUAAGAGACAUUGUCUUUUCCCUUGAAGGUGAGAGUCUCAAUGAUUGUGUGGCAUUACUUUUAUCGGAAAUUCUUUCCCCAGGAUCUCAAAAUCUGCAAAAUGCUAGUAAGACAGAUAUCGAAAGUGGUAAUGCUUCACCAUGGUUUACUCCAUACGCUGUCGAUGCUGCAACUCAUAUAGGCCAUCAAUUACACGAAACAUUGUAUGCAAUGAAAAAAGAUGCUACCAAUUGGAAUCGUAUAUUCAAUUUGAUGUCCACAAAAUAUUUUUUGAGCACUCCUGUACAUGCGUCAUUAGCUUCUCUAAGUUCUUUAUUUGCAAUACUAGACUCAGGUAGCAUAAUUGAUGAGUUUUUCAGCUGUGACUGGCAUGUAUCUGUGAAACUUCAAUUAGUGGUAUUGCUUCAUAAAUGGUCUGUUUCUGAAGGCUGUUUUGAUAUUCUAAACUCUCAAAAUAUAAGAAAAGUGUCAAAUAAAAUUGAAAAUACAAAGAUGUCCAUGCUGUACUUGAUGUGUGUUUCUAGUCUGGACCUAGAGCUAUUUUUACAAAGAGAUGAACUUGUAGAUAACCCAAUGUUACCCGUUUUUCAGGAAUGCUUUUUUCAAGACUUCAACGCAGCUCCCGAAUAUCUAGCAUUAGCACUAAUCAACAAUAUGAAACAUUUUAGUCUUUUAAUUGAAAACACGACAACAGUAGAUGAAAUACUAAUUGCAUUAGUUGUUCAAACAUUCGAAAAGUCCUUUCAAUCAGUAACUGAUAUAAUUAGAGCGUUAGGAAACGACAAUAAGCUGCUUUUGGAAGUUUGCACUGCAAUUAUUAAUACCAACAAAUUCAGGUUAAUUGAAUUUGCAAAGGUUUUAAAGGAUGAAGGAAAAUUGGAGUUUGUCAUUGAUCAUACGCCUUUUGAGGACAUAUUUAAGUUUUUACCUAGAGCUAUUCGUGUGGGCUGGAAUGGAUUUGAAGAUUAUAUACAUAAGCAUCUUGAUUCUAACAAUUCACAUUCCGCUAUAUCCUAUCUAGAUGCUCAAAUCAAGAUUCCUGACAAUGAUAUGCCACUAAAAAAGUCUCAAAGUUUUGACUUAAAAUCACUGCAUACUCUUAUUAACUUCUUACGCACAAUCCCUCUGAAUGCUAAUGACCAAUUGAUGUUCGAAAAGCUACAAUUUGCCCUUCUAAUAGCUGUCCCAAGAUUAUUAAACUUUGGAUAUGACCAUGAUAACGUCAUCUUAGCUAGCGAAGAUACUGGUCCUGUGGAGAGCGAUAUUGAAAAGGAGAUGCAAAUGCAACUGCAAAAAAUGUAUAGUGGUGAAAUUGCGAUCAAAGAUGUUAUCGACCUUUUAAUCAAGUUAAGAGAUAGCAACUCCUCACACGACCAAGAUCUAUUUGCUUGCAUUACCCAUGCUGUUCUAUCAGAAUCAAAUUUCUACAAGGAUUAUCCAUUAGAUGCUUUAGCUACCACCUCUGUUCUAUUCGGUUCUAUGAUUUUAUUCCAAUUAUUACGUGGGUUUGUGCUUGACGUUGCUUUCAAGAUUAUUAUGAACUUUGCUAAGGAGGGUGUCGAAUCUAAAAUGUUUAAGUUUGCUGUGCAAGCUAUUUACGCAUUUAGAAUUAGAUUACCAGAUUUUCCUCAAUACUGCAAAGAUUUAUUACAAGAGGUUCCUGAUUUGAAAACCCAACCUCAAGUGUAUCAAUCGUUGUCAGAAGCUGCACAUGGAAUUGAUGUUGCAAAAAAUCAAAGCACACCAAUUACAAAACAGCCCCUUGAACUCUAUCCAAUGAAAUUUUUUGUUAUUGAUGAACUGAAAUAUCAAUUUCAACAAGAUACUCCUCCUAAAGAUGUUACAGAAAAGGUUCUUUUCAUUCUGAAUAAUAUUUCUACAGAAAACUUAAAGAAUAAAGUUUUGGAUCUUAAAUCUGUUUUAACCUCAAAUUAUUACGCAUGGUUUUCUAAUUACUUAGUAAAUCAAAGAGCAAAAACAGAACCAAACUACCAAAAUCUAUAUAAAGAUGUGCUUGUUAAUGUUGAAUCAGAAUCACUCCACCAGUAUGUUAUCAAUAUGACAUUAAAGCAGCUGUUUUUGCUAAUGUCCAUAAAAGAUGUUAAAGCUAUCGAUAAGAAGCAUUUGAAAAAUCUGGCUGCAUGGCUAGGUUGCAUCACUAUUGGAGUUGAUAAACCAAUCAAGCAUAGAAAUAUUGCAUUCAGAGAGCUUCUUCUUGAUGCACACAAGGAAAACAGACUGGAAAUUGUUGUGCCAUUUACAACAAAAAUUAUACAACAUGCAGCAAAUUCGAAGAUUUUCAAGCCACCAAACCCUUGGACUAUUGGAAUAUUGAGAACACUGAAAGAGUUGAACGAAAAAGCAAACUGGAAGCUAAGUUUGACAUUUGAGGUCGAAGUGCUAUUCAAGGCUUUAGAUAUACCAAUGGACAGCUUAGAUUCCACAAAUUAUCUUGAUUCAACUGAUAUUAUUGAAAACCUGUCAGGGAAUAUUGGCUCUGUAACUUUGGAACAACAACAAGUUGAACAUCAAAGGCAAAUGUUAAUGAUGCAACAACAUCAACAACAACUUCUGAUUUAUCAGCAAAGACAGCAACACAUUUUGAACAACAACCCAAGUUCUAAAGAACAGGGAAAUUACAUGGAGGCCCAGAAUCAAACAAAUGACGGCCCAUUCGUAUCAUUAUCAGGCUCAACAUUAUUCACCACACGUCCCGAAAUUAAACGUGUAUUCCAAAUUGCUUUAGCAAAAGCAGUGAGAGAAGUAUUGGGCCCAGUAGUUGAAAAAUCUGCGAAUAUUGCUGUUAUAACUACAACUAAAAUUGUGUCCAAAGAUUUUGCCACCGAGCCUGAUGAGAAUAAACUAAAGGCAGCUGCAAUCACGAUGGUUCGUCAACUGGCAAAGAGUUUAUCAAGGGCAACAGCCUAUGAUCCGUUGAAAGAAAGCUUACGUUCAACCACUCAGUCACUGCUUCCUAACAUGAUGGGGUUGUCUAGUAAUCCGCUAGAGGAACUAGAUACCGCCAUAAAUGACAACAUCGGCUUAGCGUUGAAUUUAGUCGAAUUAGCUGCGGUUGAUAAAGCUGUACAAGAGCUUCGUGAACAAUUGAUACAGGCCAUAGCCAUACGCCGCUAUCAUAAAGAAAGGAGAUCGGACCAACCAUUUAUAACUCCCAACACUAAUCCAUACUCACUUGCGUUACCCGAUCCGCUAGGUAUCAAAAAUAAUGGUGUAACCCCACAACAAUUCAAGCUGUACGAAGAAUUUGGCAACUUCUUUCCUGAUAAUCAUGCGAUGACUAUAGCCAACCAAAAUCAGUCGGUUAACACACCACAAUCUAUUCCUGCAGAACCUGUUCAAAAUAUCCCACAAAACAUUCAAACUACUGCGAACAGACAACCUUUGGGUCCCGCCCAAGCUCAAAUGCCAAUAAGAAAUCCACAUCUUGUUAAUAAUGUCCAAUCAGAACUAGAACAAAACCACAGGAUCCUGGUGCAUUUAAUGGAUUCCUUAGUUGCAUUAAUCAAAGAAAAUGCCGAUAAGAAUUCACUAAAAGAAUUAGGGGAGAAGAACCAGAUAGAUGGAAUUAUCUUCCAAAUUUUGACAUUCAUUGCAAAGAGCGUCCAGAAAGAUCAACUGGCAUUGAAAGUCUCUCAAGCUGUAGUCAAUAGCUUGUUUGCGACUAGUGAAAGCCCUCUUUGUAGAGAGGUAUUAUCUUUGCUACUAGAAAAACUCUGCUCUCUUUCAUUGGUAGCUAGGAAAGAUGUUGUAUGGUGGUUAGUAUAUGCAUUAGAUAGCAGGAAGUUUAACCUGGCUGUCAUUAAGUCGCUGAUUGAAGUUAAUCUAAUUGAUCCCUAUGAAUUAGACAACGUCUUGGUGAAAGCGAUGGCUUCUGGAAUGGAGAACUCCGUGGAUUUCACUAUAAAGCUGAUAGAAGAAAGCAUUUUAUCUGAAGAUCCUAUUCUUAUGAGAAUGGAUUUGAUAAACUCCGUUAUUUACCUAUCAAAAUUAAAUUCUAAAGACUCUCAAGAAUUUAUCUCUAAGUAUGAAAAUAAAGCGAUUCUCCCAAUUAAGGAAGACAUUGAAAUCACCAAGAAGGAGCACUAUUUCUUGAUUUUUACAGAAUGGGUGAAACUUCUACAAAGGGUUGAAUCUGAUGAUGCCAUUACUUUGGCCUUCAUCUCUCAAAUGAUGGAUGCAGGAAUUUUAUCUGAAAGUGAUAAUGUCAUAGUAUUUUUCAAAUCAGCCUUAGAGUUGUCAAUUUACUCAUUUAAGAAGAGUGACCCAACUGGAGAUGUAUUUGUAUCUAUUGAUGCGUUAAGCAAGAUGAUUAUCAAACUGCUAAUCCAUCAGAAUUGGAAUGAUUGCUCUAGAGGGGACUAUUUCAAUAUGAUUCUUUCAGUGAUAUUGCUAGUGUUUGCUAAAGAUCAUGGUGAAACUAACACAACCUUCAAUGAAAGACCUUACUUCAGAUUAUUAUCUAAUUUAUUGUACGAAUGGUCACAGAUUAGAACCCACAAAUUUGUUAAUGUUAAAAAUUCUGACAAUCGUAAAGACCUACAACAAUUUGAUGCUGAAUUUUAUAACACUUUUGCCCUAUAUCUACAUUCAUUACAGCCAUUUGCUUUUACUGGCUUUUCAUUUGCAUGGGUGACUUUGUUGUCUCAUAGGAUGUUCUUACCAGAAAUGUUGAGACUUUCUGAUAAAAAGGGUUGGAAAAAUUUAAUGAUUUUAAUGAUGGAUUUGUUCUUAUUUCUGGACAAGUAUACCAAAAAGAAUUCUGUUUCGGAUGCUGUAUCAGUCAUUUAUAAAGGGGCACUCCGUAUAAUGCUGGCAAUAUCAAAUGACUAUCCUGAAUUUUUGAUCGAGAAUCAUUACGAAUUAAUGAACGCCUUGCCGCAAACGUAUUUCCAACUAAAGAAUGUCAUCUUAUCAGCCAUUCCUCGUGGCAUCUCCAUCCCUAAUCCGUUUGAUCAGAAUGUUCAUAUGAAGGAUAUGCCAGAAUGUCAAACUGUUCCAAAUGUUUACUACGACCCUGUAGCUGACUUGAGGAACUUAAAGAAGCCUGUUGACAACUAUCUCCGUAUCCCUUCGAGUUCCUUGUUGAGGACUGUUGUAAAUGGUUUAUACUCUGAUGAAAAACACAGGAAAAAUUGCCUUGGUUACGAGGCAGUAUCAGUUAACCAAAAGCUAAUUAGGGCUAUUGUCCUUCACACUGGUAUCGAGGCUGGCUUGGAGAAUGAAAAAACUUCAUCGAAUGCCAUCUUCAACACAAAAUCGUCUUACUAUACUCUAUUAUUUGAGAUUAUCAAGGAAGGUAAAGCUGAAAUCAAAUAUCAAAUGAUACAAUCCAUUAUUGAACAAUUAAGAUAUCCUAACAUCCACACGUAUUGGUUUAGUUUUGUAAUCAAGGAAAUGUUCAUCUCGAAGGAAUGGGAUGAUCAAUUGGAUAUUGUGAGGGAACUCAUCCUAAGAGUACUAUUAGAAAGACUAAUUGUCAACAAACCUCACACCUGGGGUGUAACCAUGAUGAUGCACACUUUGAUUACGAACAAAGACGUUGAAAUAUUGGAACUUGAGUGCGUGAAAUCCCAAUCGGAGGUCCAGCUCAUCUUCAAGCAACUUAUUAAACACGCAAAUGCAAUGUCAGUUGCCACCCCACUUAAUGAUGUGGACUUGAAUUCACAAACUCAACCACAACCAAUUAAUGCUUAA